GUCACCCCUCUUGCACUCCGCUUUUGACGGUGCGCUUUUCCUAUUUCUUCGUAUUACUCCACCCCAGCAGGAACAAAGGAAGGUUUGCGUCCUUCUGUCUACCAAUUAAGCCCCACGAAUGAUCUCAAAACUCUGGGGAGAAUCACUUAGCACAGCCCGCCAUAGCAUUCGUUCACUUGGUCGUGCAUCUACUGCCCACCCCACCACUCACUUCGCCCACAACGCCCAGAGGGAGGCCUCACUUCACCCUCAAUCUAACGCCCAGAAAACACUGAGCCAGUGGCAUAUCAUCAGCCAUUCUCGUAGACUCUCCUCCUCGUCGCUUUCAUCUUCGUCUACUUCAGCUACAAUGACAGAAAUCAACUUCAAAGCUCAGGCUAAUGACUUUUUGUCCUUCGUCAAUGCUUCCCCAACACCAUUUCAUGCUGUCGCUUCAGCUGGUAAGCGUCUGAUCAACGCUGGGUUUCGAGAAGUCAAGGAGAGAGAUUCAUGGGCAUCCAUCUGCAAGCCGGGUGGGAAGUACUAUGUGACUCGCAAUGGUUCCACGAUCAUUGCCUUUGCAAUUGGCAAAAAAUGGAAACCCGGAAAUUCCAUUUCAAUGAUUGGUGCUCAUACCGACUCUCCAUGCUUGAGGAUAAAACCAGUCUCGAAGAAGUCUGGCGAUGGCUUUGUCCAAGUCGGUGUGGAGACCUACGGUGGCGGUAUUUGGCAUACAUGGUUUGAUCGCGAUUUGGGCAUCGCGGGCAGGGCCAUGGUGAGAAACGCCAACGGGACCAUCGAGGCAAAAUUAGUCCACAUUGAUCGACCAAUUCUGCGUAUCCCGACACUAGCCAUCCAUCUGGAUCGUCAGGAGACAUUCUCCUUCAACAAAGAAACUCAACUAUUCCCGAUUGCUGGCCUAGUCGCUGCAGAAUUAGCCAGGAGAGAUGGAGAUUCAAAUUCUAAGGAGGAUCUAGAAAUCCGAACAAAAGGCAAUGACAACGGAAACAACGCCGAGUCCAAUACACCUUUUGCUCCGCUCAAAUCAACUACGGAUCGCCACCACCCUUACCUCGUCGAGUUAAUCGCAUCUGAACUCUCCGUCAACGCUCAAGACGUCGUCGACUUUGAGAUGCUCCUCUACGAUACCCAAAAGGCUUGUUUAGGCGGCCUUUUGGAUGAAUUCAUUUUCUCAGCGCGCCUAGAUAACCUUAACAUGUCCUUCUGCGCCACAAUGGGCUUACUAAAUUCCCUGACAGAUCCAAAAUCUCUCGACAACGACUCUUCGAUCCGUCUCAUCGCCCUCUUCGACCACGAGGAAAUCGGUAGCCGUACCGCACAGGGUGCAGACUCAAACGCCCUCCCCGCAAUCUUGCGCCGCCUCUCCGUUCUCCCAGGAUCAUCAACAUCAUCAGUCGACAUCUCAACAGCCUACGAGCAAUCCCUCUCAACCUCCUUCCUUCUCUCCGCCGACAUGGCCCACUCUGUAAACCCCAACUACGCCAUCAAGUACGAGUCGGACCACAAGCCAGAGAUGAACAAGGGCCCUGUAAUUAAAAUCAACGCGAAUGCCCGUUACGCGACGAACUCGCCUGGUAUCGUCCUUUUGCAGGAAUGUGCGCGCCUAGCCGGCUCUGCGGGCAAUGAUACAGGUGCGGAGACCGCCUCGUCAUUCCAGGGUGUUCCCUUGCAGCUAUUUGUCGUCCGUAACGAUUCGAGCUGCGGCAGCACGAUUGGACCCAUGCUCUCUGCUGCGCUGGGCGUGCGGACGCUGGAUAUGGGGAAUGCGCAGUUGAGUAUGCAUAGUAUUCGUGAAACGGGCGGGACGAAUGAUGUGGGUUAUGCAAUUAAGCUAUUUGAGAGCUUUUUCCAAAAUUACUCGGGGUUGGCGAGGACGAUCUUGGUUGAUUAGAUGGUUUCGAGUGGGAUGCUUUUGAGGAGUUGUUUUAGGGAGGUAGGGGCUUUGGGAAAGUUCCGCAGCGGUCGAGCUAUUGACGACCAUUCAAAGUGCAAGAUAAAGAAUGUUAGCUCGUUAUUCGUUGUCGUUAUUAUACCUUCCCAGCAGCCUGUAAGCUCAAGUUUAGAAUGAACGUGAGCAUAAAAGCUUCAAUAUACAAAUAUUGUUGCUAUGGUUGCACCACAGAUUUUAUGUUACCCUUAGAACCAUUGCUUCGCCCAUUUGCUCUGGAUUCAAUGCACAGGUGUUAUCUAUACUCAAUGUAAACACAAUAUGCAUACGCCUUCGUUCAGCGCUUGCAGCUUGGUACUAAAUAUCAUUCUCCUACGCUCACGACGUCAUGAUCCACAGACCCUCAAGCAGACCCGAUAAUAAACGAGACACCUAUUUCCUGUCUCCACUCCUUACGCAGAAAUCGGGGAGGAUAUGAAUCAGAUUCCGGCACUGGUCAAGCAGAGCAGAGCCAAUUGACAUCCAUGUGCUGCACAGAACACAGAACUGGGACAGUUUAUAUUUGAAAACAAUUCAUGAUUGCUAAUUGCGAAAACUAAAUAUAUCAAAGCUGCAAGCUGUCAAACGUCCUCCAAAACUUGACAGGCUGUGAGGAGAAAUACUUUGUAGAGGACACAUCCCAUUCCACAUAACUUGAGUGAAUCAAGUUUAUGAAGCCAACAUGGAGGAAAUAUCAGGCCUCUUAAAAAAUAGAUGUAAUGCGCAGGUUGCAAUAGAAGAAGAUACAGCAACAACACUUGCAUGGUGCAAUAUAUUAGAGGAAAGACAAAAUGGUGGGUAGGGCCAUGUUUUAUUUGGGGCAGUUAGUGAAUGCAAAUAGGGAGAGGAGUAAAACGGAAAGGGAGCCCCAAAUCCGGGGAAAAAAAGAAAAGAAAAGAAAAGAAAAAGAAAGAAAGAAAGAAAGAAAUUGGAAAUCACACACGAAAUAAGAGUCCAAGAACUCUUUGAAAAAAACUUGGCCACUCCUUUCUGUGGUCCUAGGAAUUCAUGGAUGCAACGCACUUGACAAAUCUCGUCCAUACGAACGAGUUAGCAGUUCCGCGGAAGCACUUCAUCUCACUAGCAGCCUGCUAAACGGGGGGGAAUCAAAUAGGUCGUGUUGAAAAUAGAACCAUGGUGCUUAGAUUCAGAUCAAACGUGCGCACACAAAGACCUCAAAACUGAUAAUGGGGACGAAUGAGGGUAAAAAAUAAAGAAAUUGGAAAUUGGAAAAAACAAGAAACCACAUGAAACAAAGAGAAAUUCAAAUCUUAUUCCAUCAAAUUUACUGCCAUCUGUCCACGAUAGUUUCAGUCCCAUAUUCCUCUGAAAAGAUGAAAUUAUGGAUAGACACUUGGUGGUUGCCUAUAUUUCCAUCGCUAUUGCGCAAGGACUCUCUCGCUUGACGGUUGAACUUUUGG